AUGACAUCAUCGCAACCGCCUGAUACUGUUGUGACUACGACUGUAUCUGGUACAUUGCCAGGAACGUCUACCAUUACUCCACCGGCUGGCUAUACAGUAGUUACAACUACCGUGUCUGGUACAUUACCGGGAACGUCUACUAUUACCCCGCCACUUGGCUGCACACAUCCUUGUACAACUAGCAUCAUCAUUACGACAGUAGCACAACCCCCUGAUACAGUAGUUACCACAACCGUAUCCGGUACUCGUCCUGGAACGUCUACCAUUACUCCACCGGCAGAUUCCUCCAGAUACAGUAGUCACAACCACCGUAUCUGGUACAUUGCCGGGAACGUCCACCAUCACACCGCCAGCAGGCUGUACACACCCAUGCACAACCAGCAUUAUCGUCACAACAACACUACAGCCUCCAGACACUGUAGUUACAACUACUGUAUCCGGUACCCGUCCGGGAACGUCUACUAUUACCCCACCGGCAGGCUGUACACACCCAUGCACGACGAGCAUUAUCGUAACAACAACACUAGCGCAACCUCCAGAUACAGUAAUCACAACAACCGUAUCUGCAUUAUCGUAACAACUACAAUACCGCAACCUCCAGAUACAGUAACUACAACCACUGUUUCUGGCACUCUCGCUGGGACAUCCACCAUUACCCCGCCGGCAGGCUGUACACACCCGUGUACAACAAGCAUUAUCGUAACCGAUACUACUUACCAACCGCCCGAUGUUGCUAUUACUACAACCAUCGCUGGUGUUAGCUCAAGGACCUUUACCGUUACUCCAGCAACAAACUGUAUACAUCCAUGCACAACUAGGAUUUUUGUUAUUACCGUACCCCCUCCCCCUCCGACGGCAACAACUACAACUGUAAUCGGUACGAUUCCCGGAACCUCUACCAUAACCCCACCAGGAGGUUGUACCGCUGGGUGCACAACAACUAUUAUCGUAACGGCAUCAUGUUUAGCACCAUCAGGCUCAACUACACUAUCUGCCAUAGAAUCAACCGGUACUACCACGACUUGGACGAUUCCUACAUGUGUUAGAAACCUAUACUUCGAGGUCCUCGGUGGUGGAGGUGGUAUGUCCGUAAAUGGUGUCACUGGGGGCCGAGGGGCAUUGAUAUCUGGUCAUGUCCCAGUAACGCCCGGGCAGUCGAUAUUCGCUGUUGCCGGCGGCAUGGGCGGCACUGGUCCCUUUAUUAAUAAUUCUACAUCUCCCCCGGGAACAAGUUGGUACGGAGAUGGCGGAAUCGGUAUGCAUUGCUCUGGCGGCGGCGGCGGUGCCUCUGCCUUGUACCUGGAUAACGUCUUACUUACUGUUUCGGGUGCGGGUGGAGGUGGGAAUACUGCUGUGUCCAGCACUGCAGACUCAAGCAACCCUUUUGACUUUCUUCUCCUUGGCGGUACAUCGCGCGGUAAUGCUGGAGAGAUGGGCCGGGUUACAUACUAUACCUACACUGAUAGGUCUCAGAAUAUCUCUGUAGUUUAUGGCGGGGAUCCUGGAACUGUGUUGAAUCCAGGUGCUGGAGGUUUGUGGAGUGGUAACUACACCUUGGCUGUAGGCGGCAAUGCUGGAACGGGCCACGUUGGUGCCGACGGCGUAGUAGUUGCCAGUUACCUGGCCACCGAUGGCGGCGGAUCUGGAGGCGGUGGCGGCGGUUACUUCGGCGGCGGUAGCGGAGCAUCUCUUUACUACGAUACGCAGAAUAACGUCAGCGAUCGUUGGGCUAUUGGGGCGGGUGGUGGUGGCGGAUCGAGCUUUCUGUUGAACACCGUGCUCAAUCCAUCACAAGGCCUCCCCCCAGUACUUGCCGCAAUCGCACCCGGAUAUGUUAUAAUUUCCUUCGACUGA